AUGAAGUGGCUCCUUGCUUUCACUCCCACCGUUCUGGCCGGUGUCAUCCCCGGAGGUGUUCAGCUUGGCGAGGCUCCUCCACCAGGCCAGGUCACUAUUGGAAACGUCACCUACGGAGGAACCGGAUGUCCUCAGGGCACCUUGAGCGCUCAGCUCAACAACGACAAGACCCUUGUCACCAUCAUCUUUGACGCUUACACCGCCUCCAUUGGCCCUGGCAUCUCCGUCACUGAGCAGCGUAAGAACUGCCAGCUUAACAUCGACAUCCGGUACCCAGGAGGCUUCCAGUACUCUGUCCUCAGUGCCGACUACCGUGGCUACGCCUCCAUCCAGAAGGGCGUCACUGGUACCCUCAAGUCGACCUACUACUUCUCCGGCCAGACCGACCAGUCCACGACCGACUACACCUUCACCGGCCCGGUGACAGGCGACUACCUCAAGCACGACACCGCCGACUCAGUCUCGACCGUCUGGUCGCCCUGCGGCGCCCAGGGCCUGCUCAACAUCAACUCCCAGGUCCGCCUGACCACGACCGACUCCAAGGCGACGGGCCUGCUCACCACCGAUUCGACUGAUCUCAAGUUCACCCAAGUCGCGUACGUCCAGUGGCAGAAGUGUCAGAAGUAG